AAAAACUCCAAAGGAAAAAAAAAUAAGGAAAAAAAAAGAAAAAAGAAAAAAUCUACGCGGCCGCGAGAGAGAAUCGGCGACGACAGAUUGCGAAAACUCGGCGAUGAGUUCCCAAACCCUCCUCCUCGGCGCCGCGUUCCCGAGCCCCGCGCUCGCCCUCGCCCCCUCCCGAUCCCGUUCGCGUCGCCUCCGAAUCCGAGCGCAAGUGGAGCCUUCUGAUAAGUCAGUUGAGAUAAUGAGGAAGUUCUCGGAGCAGUAUGCCCGUAAGUCGGGUACCUACUUUUGUAUGGAUAAAGGAGUCACUGCUGUUGUUAUAAAGGGGCUUGCUGAACACAAAGAUUCAAUCGGAGCACCUUUAUGUCCUUGUAGGCAUUACGAUGACAAGGCUGCUGAGGUGGGGCAAGGAUUUUGGAACUGUCCAUGUGUACCCAUGAGGGAAAGGAAGGAAUGUCACUGUAUGCUUUUUCUCACUCCUGAAAAUGAUUUUGCCGGAAAGGAACAGGCCAUCACCUUGGAAGAGAUCAAAGAAGCGACGUCAAAACUCUGAAGUUGUCGCAUUGUUUGUUGAUCUUCACAGAAGCAUCUCCAUAAACAUUAUGUACUCCUACACUCGUAGAGAAAAGGCCUGAAUACUUCUUUCUUCCUCUCCUGUUUCACAAUCGUAAAAGUUACCGAUGCAAAAUUACCCGAGUUGUAAAGUAACAGUUGUAAUAAUACAUUUUAAUGUAGCCUUUUUAUCUCUUCAAUGAGGAAAAGCGAUCGACUAAAUUUUACUUUAUCGAGAUA